AUGAUCCAAAAAAUUAAGAAUACCGAAGAAGAACAAUCCAAGGCAGAACUUGUUUAUAACCUGGUAGAAUGGAGGUAUCCAAGAAGCAGUGAUAGCUUUGUUGCUUUUGAUAAACUGACAAAUAUGCAGCUGGAGGAUGCUAAAAUGGCUAAAAAAACAUAUCUUACUGUCAAAAUUAACAAGAAAAACUACAGAGUGAAUCUGAAUACUUUAAAGGCUAGUGAUGAACAAGGAAAAACUAUAACCAUUCAACGUGUGCCAAAGAAUGAAGAUCUCUGGCCUUACCGGCCGCUCUUCGCCGCUUUUCCCACCGCGCUGUUGCUGUUGCUGCUGCUGGGCUGUGGCGGUGCUGCCGCUGCCGCCCUUUCUCCCUCCUUUUCCUCGUUCUGUCGCCACCGCGUGCCCAGCGGCGGGGAGGUUGUCUAUCAAGUUCCUCUAAAGGAAAAUCAUGUCUUGAAGAGAAAUGUGGAUCAACAGCUAAGAAUUAAGAUUAUAUAUGACAGAAGUGUUGAGGAUUUACUCCCUGAGAAAAGACACCUUAUAAAGAACAAACUUUUUCCACAAGCUAUAUCUUAUUUGGAGAAGACAUUUCAAGUGCGCAAAUCCACGGGUACUAUAUUACUAAGCAGGCAGUGUGCAACAAACCAAUAUUUAAGGAGAAAAGCUGACCCUCACAGAUACUGCCGAGGAGCCUGCGCAGACUAUACAAGAUGUGGGCCAGUUGUAGUUCCUGAAAAACAUCUCCAGCAAUGCAGGGUGUGCAAUGAGAAUGAAUGGCACUGUGGACCCACUGGCAUACCUGACCAAGAAGGGGUUCGAGAUGCUGACUUUGUACUCUACGUUAGUGCUCUCACUACUGAAAGGUGUGGCCAUGAAAAUAUCAUUGCUUAUGCAGCCUACUGCCAACUGGAAGCUGAAAUGGACAGGCCAAUAGCAGGAUAUGCUAACUUGUGUCCAAAUAUGAUUUCAACACAAGCUCAGGAGUUUGUUGGCAUGUUGUCUACAGUGAAACAUGAGAUCAUCCACGCACUGGGUUUCUCUGCUGGACUGUUUGCAUUUUAUCGUGAUGAUGAUGGAAAACCUUUGACAACAAGAUAUGCAGAUGGACUCCCUCCUUUUAAUGAAAGUCUAGGUUUGUAUCAGUGGAGCAGUAAAGUCGUUCAUAAAGCAGUGAGGUUAUGGGACAUACGUGGUGGCAAAAUGCUGCACCAUGCUGUUUAUCUUCUGAUAACACCUCGUGUAGUUGAGGAAGCUCGAAAACAUUUUAAUUGUCCAAUUCUAGAGGGAAUGGAGCUUGAAAAUCAAGGUGGCAUGGGUACUGAGCUCAAUCACUGGGAGAAAAGACUGUUGGAGAAUGAAGCAAUGACUGGAUCCCAUACACAGAAUCGAGUCUUUUCCAGGAUCACCUUAGCAUUAAUGGAAGACACUGGCUGGUAUAAAGCAAAUUACAGCAUGGCAGAGAAAUUAGAUUGGGGACGCAAUAAAGGCUGUGACUUUGUAAUGAAGAGCUGCAAAUUCUGGAUCGACCAAAAGAGACAAAAGAGGCAAUUAAUCAGUCCAUACUGUGACACUUUGAGGAGUAAUCCCUUGCAGUUAACCUGCAGGCAGGACCAAAGAGCAGUAGCAGUGUGCAACUUGCAGAAGUUUCCAAAGGAGUUACCUCAGGAAUAUCAGUAUUUUGAUAAUCUUAAUGGAGUACCAGUGGAAGAAUUGCCUUAUUAUGGUGGCUCAGUAGAAAUUGCUGACUAUUGUCCCUUUAGUCAAGAAUUCAGUUGGCAUUUAAGUGGUGAAUUUCAACGCAGCUCAGACUGUAGAAUAAUUGAAAACCAACCAGAUCCUACCAAAAACUAUGGUGCAGAGAAAUAUGGACCAAACUCUGUAUGUCUUAUUCAGAAAUCUGCUUUUGUCAUGGAACAGUGCAGGAGGAAACUCAGUUACCCCGACUGGGGUAGUGGAUGUUAUCAAGUUUCUUGUUCUCCACAAGGGCUGCAUGUUUGGGUCAAGGACACUGCAUACCUAUGCAGCCGCUCAGGUCAGGUGUUAACUGUGAGCAUUCAGAUGAAUGGCUGGAUUCAUGUUGGAAAUCUGAUUUGCCCAGCUUGUUCAGACUUCUGUGACUUCUGUCCCCCAGAGCAGGAUCCUCCAGCUUCUAACUUAACAAGAGCUGCACCGAUCGACUUAUGCUCCUGCUCGUCUAGCCUGGUUGUAACCCUUUGGCUAUUGAUGGCUAACUUAAUUCCCCUGCUAACAGGAUUAUUUCUCUGCGCAUAGAGUUAAGCACGGGGCAGGAAGAUGUUCCCAGAUGAUAUACCAUCAUGUUGCCCUCAUUGCACUCCAUAUUGUGGAGCAUGGAGUUUUUUGUCUCUGCAGGCAGCUGUCUUCUGCUGGACCUCAUCUCUCCUGGCAAGUAUCGGUGCAGACAGUAGUCAGGGAGGUACUGCCAAAACCAGCCAGAGUUUGAGGAGGAAAAUUUACCUUGUCAUUUUAGUAAGUGCCAGUAUUUUCCUGCAUUGCAACCUUUAAUUUUUGAUGGAGUGAGUAACAAGAUCCACUAAGCCAGCUGUGUUAGACUACCUGGCUACUCAGUCAAGAUUUGAAACGAGAACUCUGCUGAGGGUUGUUUAUUUGUUAUGUCCUCUGUGUGACUGGUAGCAAAGCAUCCUCAAACUGGAAAUAUACCUCAGUGGUUUAGUCAAAAGCCAUGUAAAAAUCAGUUGUCAUCACUGCUAAUAACCCAGGCCUGAACAGGUGUGGGAAUUUAUUUGGUUUGUCAAUUCUUACAAUUUAUGGAUGGAAGAAAUAAUUUAGUAGGAUAGACCAGUGGUUGGCAGUUGUCUCCACAAUUCAAUUCUUCAGCUUUGAGUCUUCUCAGAAUUCAUACUAGUUCGCAGUAAAGUGGCUGAUUCUUGGGGUUCACUUAAACCUUCCUACAUGCACAAAGUGAAAUUUCAGACUGGUAACCAAGACAACUGUCUAGAAAUCUCAUUCUCAUUUAGCACGUGCCACUGAAAUUUAAUAUGUCAAAUUUCGAAUAUUCUCAGACUUAUUUGCUAGGCAAAUGCAUUUCAGUACUGACACCCGGUCUGUAUAAUUGGGAUAGGAUUUCUGGUUAUAUUUAAUUUUGUUGGUUUGUUUCUUAAAUAAUGACGUUAUUUUUUUAAAUAGUAUGAACAUAAAUGCAGCUGCUCUCACUUUUCAUUAAAGGACAAACCAGUAGCGAUGGCAGCUAUAAUCUUACAGGACCGCAUUGACUUUUCUAGACCAAAAACUAUAUUGAAUGUGGAAAGAAAAAUCUAAUCUGCCUUUGUUUCUUUUUUGGUUUUCCCCCUUCACUUUUUCUUGGACAUAUAAAUACUAUGGAUUACUUGAGUAUUUGUAAUAAGUUGAGAAUCAGACAUUUUGAACCACACAAGGGCACACCUUGGUACAAAAUUAAUCACUUGAUGGACAAAAUGUGUAAGAGGAAGGACAUGAGCAAAAUCUGUUUAGCUAAGGACAGCUGCUCUAUAGGACACUUGUAAGGAUGUUUUUAUUUGUUUCAGACGCUAUAAUGCAUUACAAAUAAUCCUAUUUGGAGUAAAAAAAACUCUUACGUGGUCCAAUCUGUUGUCUGUCCUGUUAGCAUAGUUUUUGUUCUUGGAAGAGUGUUAAACUUGAGGGACCAGACGUGCCCAGUGCACUAAAAAAAAUGACACUAUAGGAAGAAAGAUUAUAUUACUCUGCUUCUUAAAUGUGCUGUGGUGUUAGAACUGUCAAUGACUAGAUCAGUUUCUAAAAUGAAAGGUAGGGAGAUGGAAGGGGUAUGAAGUAAAAUUUUUUUAGCUACAAUUAUACUUGUUUAAUAAUAGGAUUUCCAUUGUAAUGGUAAGAAAAUCUUUGUGCCUACUGGACUUGUGGGUUUUUUAUUUAAAGAAACUUACAACACUGCUGAGGUGAGUAAGCUGCAACCUAAACUGUCUGAAGGCAUCACGGUUGAGAGAGUACCUUGCACUGGGCUAGUUCCCCUUCUUAACUUCAAGUUAAGUUUGCUUUGAAUUAUACAAGGCCUAGGCUAGCCUUAAAUAGGUGUUUCUGAGAAGCAAUACAAAUUAGGAAUCAUAUGCUUUAAACAUGUACAAGUUUGAAUGAAGAAACACUCAAAUUAAUAAGUGGACACUAAUUGUUUUAAUAUAUGCACACUCAAUGGUUGGUGUACACUGAUUCGUUGAAAACAUAAAGGUUUGAGAAUACAUAUUAGGUCAUAGAGGUUGAUAUUGUAUUUUUUGUCUGUGUGCAAUAAUACAGUUUAAAUAGUAUCACUCAACAACAAUGCUUUUGAUACUUGAAAAGAAAUUAUUGGUUAUUUUUUCUUACUGUGAAAUAUUUGCACUGUCUGAACUUUCUGGUUAACUUUAUAGCUGUUAAACUUUUUUACUGAUGUUAAUUUAUUGUGCUUGAUAUUUGAUAUGCUAGUCUCCUGUCUGUGUAAGUGUGAAAUUUGUCAUAUUUAAGUGAAUAUUUUUAUCUUCUACACAGUUGUUUAUCUUGAGGGCUUUUUUUCUUUUAUUCUCUCUUCCUGAGAAUUAACUGAAAGAUGGCUUCAAAAGUCUAUGCUUACCUACUUUGGAAUUGUAUGCAUUAAUUAAAGAAAGAGGCUGUAGCAUAUUGUACCUGCAGGGAAAAAUCUAUCUGCCUGUCAGAGCUCUUGUGGUCAGAUUCACCUAGUACCUGCUGAGUAGCUGCAUCAGUGAAUCCAGUGAAGUAAAACUAUUAUUGCCUUAAUACUCUGAGAUUUCAGUUGUAAUUUCUUUGACGUGCAGCCAUUCAACUGGCUGUGAAUUGCAGAACUGGACGUGACUUUGGGGAGUCGGGGAGGGAAGGUACUUGAGCAGGCAAAAUCCACCGUGUUGUAUCCUGUCAGUGUGUUAGGAGCUGUAGCUGUGUUGGAACUGCCAAGAAAUGUGUCAAGUUCAGUUUAAAAUGAGAGUGAAUUUGUGACUGUCAAAAAGAAUAUGUGAGUAAAACUGACUACCUCAGUUCUGUUUGUCUUCUGUUCUAGCCUGCUGUGAAAUUCCAAAUCUCUCAAGAAGAAUUAAGUAAAAACAUGUCUCAGGUUUUUAAGAGCAAAACAAAUACAGUAGGAAGCAUAAGCCAUUUUUGAGUGUAGAACAUAGCUAAAAUUGUAGCUUAAACCAAUCAGUUAUGUAGCCUUAAGUGUAGUUCCCCCGUAAAAGUCAGUAUUGGUUUUAAAUAAAAAGUUUGCAGGCAGCUGCUUCAGGUGUCCUGACCAUAUUGUGGCAGGUCCACCCUAUUUCAUCUCUUACAUGUGGAAACUUGGAAAUAUAGCCCAAAUAAGUGUCUGUGUUUUCACCAGAGCAGAUAGGGCAGCAGGAGCCCUGGAAAUAGUGCUGAGAUAAAUGAGUUAGCUUGUCUGUAGCAGAAACAUUUUCAGUAUAUAAUGUCAACAGUUUUAAUUUUUUUAAAAACAUUUCAUGUUUGCUUAUGGAAGUAAAUUAGUCUUGCGGUCUGUUUUUUACCCCAGCUGUUCAAAUCUUACAGCGUUUCAAUUAGAAAUCGAGGCAAGUCACGCUUUAGGAACACGUAUUUCAAGUGUAUCAAACAAUUACAAGGAGGAAGGAUAGCUUUCGGCUGGAGCGUGCAGCAAGUGAAAUUACAGCGAAAAGCAGGUUCUUCGUUCCCCUUGAAAUUAGGUGAGGUCUUGGGAGGCUGUCAUGGCCUUGGAUGUAGGUUAAUUACCAAAACAGAAUUUUGACCCCCAAUAAUUGACUGUCAGUCCAAUGCAGCUCUUCUUCUGAGCACAAGUAAAUUAGGAAAACUGAUGUCACUUAAGCAGACAUAUUCGCAGUCCCUUACAAGGGCCUGUUGUUUUUAAACCUCCCUGUCCUGCAAAUCUUUCUGCUCGAAUGUAUUUCAGUAGAGAGGGGGGCAUGUGUCCUUUCUCCCCAUGUUUCCUAGGAGUGACUUUCAGCCAGCUGAGCAGGUCAAAGUCUGUCCCCUGCAAGAUAGAACAACCAGCUUUUGCUCGGCUGAAUGCGUGGGUGCCUGCUUGCAUGGGUCAAGCUUCAGGAUGUGGGUCUACUUGUACACUAAAUAUUGUGAUCUUACGCUACCGGACUUCCAAAGUGCAAAUGUUGCCUUUUUAAUGUGAAGCUUACCUUGGAGAUAAAACAACUGUUUUGAGAGAACUGGCUGACCUUGAACAUGUGUUUCCUGUUUUGGUACAGAAUAUAAAUACAGAACAAACUAUUUUACAUAGAUUUUGACUGGAUCGAGAUAUAAGGGCUAAUUUUUUGUUAUUUACGGAGAAAAAAUUUCCUUAUUUUAAUGUGUAAAAAAAAAAAAAGUAUGUCAUACAAAAGAAGAAAAAACUGUUCAUCAAUAAAAUG